UCACCUCUCAUUCCGGGGAAAAUUUUGCCCCACAAACUCUAGCGCGACGGAUCACAAGAGAGGGCAAAAUUUUCUGGGCGACUCCGGCUGAAGGGAACUGCGGUAUCAUCAUGUCGGACGACACCGGCCGCACUCUACCCAAGUUCGGCGAAUGGGACGUCAACAACCCGGCCUCCGCCGACGGGUUCACGGUUAUCUUCAGCAAAGCCAGGGAUGAGAAGAAAGCCCCCCCGGCCAAAGGCCAAGGCCACAUCAGCAACAGGUCGGCGGACAUGAAGGACUCCAGGGCCGACAAGGUGACCUCCUACAACUCCAGGAACAACGCAUCGAAGAAAUGGUUCUGCUGCGUCUCGCCCAGUCCCACACAAUCCUGAGGAAGCUAAUGAGCUGUGCAAUACAGAACGAAGAGGAAUGCAAUGCUGCAGCUUGGUGUCAUUCUGUGAU